AUGUUGGCCAUUACGCCUGCGCAGUGGGCAGCGCUCACCCCCGCCUUGAGUUACAUCAUUUCCACUAUCAUCUUCGAGGCGCUAGACGCGCUCGGCAUCUUGGCAAAGUACCGCAUUCUGCCCAUCGAAAGCGAAUCUAAGGCGAACAGAGUUUCACGGAGCGUCGUCCUGCAGCACGUCGUGAUAUACCACAUCGUUUUAACGGCUGGGGCUUUGGCCUUUGCUGAACUGUUGCCUCCCCGGUUGAGUUUCCUGGCCCUGGCCAUCACGGACACAUGGGUAUUUUGGUGGCAUUACCUCACGCACAAGAAUACCUGGCUGUACCGAAACAUCCAUGCGGUCCACCACCGACUGUACGUGCCGUUCUCGUACGGCGCGCUGUACAACCACUGGGCAGACAGCCUAUUUGGCGACAACAUCGCGGGGCUCCUCGGUAUUUCACUGACCAACAUGACGGCCGCCGAGCAGACCUUCUUCCUCGCCUUGGCGACGUUUAAAAUUGUCGAGGAUCACGCUGCCUACCAAUUGCCAUGGAGUCCCUUCACGAUCCUCGGGCGUUUCACGGGUUGUUCGCCCACCUAUCACAACAUCCACCACCAGAGUUGGGGUAUCAAGGUGAGCUGGGCGCUCGUGUCCUGGGAUAUCCUUAGCGGUGCUGACGUGCAGGUGUAG